UCCCGGGAAAAAAGAAAGCAGGCGGGAACAGACGGGGGUCCCACAUCGGUUAGACGGCGCGGCGGGAGGACGGAGGACGCGCGAGACCCGCUCAGAGCUGUGAAGCGAGAGGGAACCCAGCGGGAGACGGAGGAGCACCGCAUCGUGAGACCAAUUGACUCUGACUCGCUGUCCCCCCGAGCGCCCGAGCGGGGCGGCGGCGCGGCGUGGACAGUGGCGGGCCCAGGGGUGGGAGCAUGGCCGUGGGGGGGCCGAGUCCCGUCCUCCACCCCGCAGCGGGACAGGCGCUGGGGGUGGGGGUCCUGGGGCGGGGGUGCCUCCAGGCUCCCCGAGCUCAGGCCGCGGCCGGGGGCAGGCGGCGGAGGCGGCGGCGGCGGCGCCGCGGGCGGGGCGGAGAGGGGAUGCCGGGCGAGGUGUUCCCGCAGGGUAUGCGUUCUCCUCGGCUCCCUGGCGCUCGUCUUCCUCACCUCGCUCUUCUUCUCCGCCUCGCUCCGCGGGGGCGUCGGCUUCAGCUACCUGGAGCCGCCCGGGUGGGAGGAGUCGCGGCGGGUGAAGCUCGUGCCCAGCUACGCCGGCGCUCACAGGCUCUCGCCGGCCGAGGCCUCGCGGGCCAAGACGUGCGGGUGCCCCCGAUGCGUCGGGGACCCCGGCGUUUCCGAUUGGUUCGACGAGAACUACGACCCGGAUAUCUCCCCCGUUUGGACCAGAGACAACGUCCAGCUGGCCUCUGAUGUCUACUACUGGUGGGUGAUGUUACAGCCCCAGUUUAAACCCCACAGCCUCCAGCAGGUGCUGCUGAGGCUGUUCCAGGUGAUUCCUGGAAGGUCGCCGUACGGCUCGUGGGAUCCAGGCCGCUGCCUGCGCUGCGCCGUGGUGGGGAACUCCGGGAACCUCCGUGGCGCCGGAUACGGGGCGACCAUCGACGGGCACAACUACGUCAUGAGGAUCAACCUGGCCCCCACGGUGGGCUACGAGGAAGACGCCGGCAGCCACACCACCCACCACUUCAUGUACCCGGAGAGCGCCAAGAACCUGGCGGCCAACGUCAGCUUCGUCGUGGUGCCCUUCAAGACGCUGGAUCUGGUCUGGAUCACCAGCGCGCUGUCCACCGGCCAGAUCCGGUUUACCUACGCUCCCGUGAAGCAGUUCCUCCGCGUGGAUAAAGACAAGGUCCAGAUCUUCAACCCGGCAUUCUUUAAAUACAUCCACGACCGCUGGACCAGGCAUCAUGGGCGCUACCCCUCCACCGGCAUGCUUGUGCUGUUCUUUGCCUUACAUGUCUGUGACGAGGUGAACGUGUUCGGUUUCGGGGCAGACAGCAGGGGAAAUUGGCACCACUACUGGGAACAGAACCGCUACUCUGGAGAGUUCAGGAAGACCGGCGUCCACGACGCCGACUACGAAGCGCAGAUCAUCCAACGGCUCGCCAAGGCUGGCAAGAUCACUGUGUUCCCUGGGAAAUAACCAGCGGGAUCAUCCCCC